AUGACGUGUAAAAAUGCUCUAUUCUGCAAACCAUCAGACAUGAAAGACAAGAAUUUCCAAAUGAGCAUUAAAGAUAAAUGUGAUAAGAAACAGAGAAGAAUAGAUGGUAAACAAACAUGGUGUUAUGUUUUGAAAGAAGAAAUGAAAGGAUUAUAUAAACAGGUUGAACCAAACGAUAAUGAGGAUUCAUUUACUGACGAUGAAAUACCUGUAAAUGAAGCUUUAUAA